GUACAUUCGGAAAUGAUCCGAUCUCAAUUGGUUCUUAACCCAAGCCUCACUCAAAGAAUCUGCCCAACUUUGUUCUUCACUUACCACCACCGUCCACGACGGGAGUUACUUCGUAAGCAGUUGUUCACACAGGCCAACACGAGUCCUUCUUUUUCUCUCUUUUCCUUUCCAUAUCUUAGCCAGUAUGAUCGAUACACCACUUGACGAGAUACCAAAGAUCAACGCCUCUCUACAUGCUACGUUUGCUACCAGGAAAACGUUCUCUUUAGCAUGGCGCCAACAUCAACUUCUACAAAUUGCUCGGAUGUUGCAAGAGAAUCACAAAGCUAUUGCAGACGCUAUCUAUGCAGAUCUUGGAAAGCCUGCUUUUGAAGUGUAUAUGACAGAACUCAACUUGAUGCUCGAUAGAGCUAUCAUAUCAGCUAAGAGAGUUCCAGAAUGGGCAGCGGUGAAGAACCUCGAGAACCAUCCUGAUUUACCGCCUCAUCAGAAGGGCUGGAAGCCGAGGGUUACGCCAACGCCAAAGGGCGCCGUUUUAGUGAUUUCUCCCUGGAAUUACCCUCUUAUCCUUUCUAUCCAAGGAACUAUCGGGGCUAUCGCUGCUGGUUGUACUAUCUGCCUCAAACUCAGCGAAGUCACGUCGAAUUACGCUGGUUUGCUACAACAGCUCAUUCCCAAAUACCUUGAUCAGGACGCGGUCAGAGUUGUCUGUGGAGGUGUACAAGAAGUAACGAAGGUACUUGAGCAGAAAUGGGAUCACAUCUUCUACACUGGGAACGGGACUGUUGCACGUAUCAUCGCCGCGGCUGCUGCAAAGCAUCUCACGCCGCUUACUCUCGAGCUUGGAGGCAAAAGUCCUGUGAUCAUCGACCCAGAGUAUGACAUGGAGCUAGCGGCAAGACGAGUUCUUUGGGGAAAAAUCAAUAAUUGCGGACAAGUCUGCGUCUCUCCAGAUUAUGCCCUCGUCACGCCUUCCACUACUGCAUCAUUCGUAGAAAAUCUCAAGAAAGCAUACGCAUCUUUCUACCCUGAUGGAUCGUUGAAAUCCGACUCGUACGCCCGGGUCAUCAACAUGCAACAUUUCAACCGAAUUAAGAGCUUGUUGGAGCGUACCCAAGGCAAGGUGUUGAUGGGUGGAGGCAUGGACGAGAAGGAGCGUAGGAUUGAGCCGACUGUUGUGCUCGUGAAACCAGGCGACGUCUUGCUUGAAUCCGAAACGUUUGGACCUAUCUUGACGUUAUUGGAAGUGGAUGAUAUGCGUGCUGCAUGCGACUACAUCAGCGCUAAUGAUCAUCCCCUUGUUUUAUAUGUAUUCACGCUGAACGAGCAACUGCAACAGGAUGUGCUCAAGGCAACAAUGAGCGGGAAUCUUAUAUUCAACGAUACUUUUAUGCAGAUGGAUGUCAAAGUACUACCAUUUGGAGGGGUGGGCGAGUCCGGAUAUGGACGUCAAGUACUCGAAAACACUUUCAAUUGCUUCACGUACGAACGGACCUCACUUGAUAUACCUCCAGAAGUGGAAGAUAAGAUUUAUCUCCGUUACCCACCGUACACUGAACAUGCGUUUGAGGUUGAGUGUGCUCCGGGUUUGAACGUCCAAAUACCAGAGAGUACCCCGGAGGAAGGAUUGGUACGUUAAUGGGUGUUGUACAGCGUGCUUUCGAGGGCAAGGCAGUAGUUUGUAAGGAUGAAUAAUUGUAUGAUGUAUGUACUAUCACUGUUUAAAUAGACCAAGAUACCAGAAAGACUCACAGCCAG